AUGUCGACCGCACCAGACCUAGACAUGGUCGAUGCCGCGCAGGCUGACUUUCCUGCCAUCGAGAAAGGGGUCAAUAGCGAGAAGAAGCCUGGAGCGUACCAAGGCGACCUACUCCCCGCGAACGAUUCGCACGAGACACUGACGGGGCCUAAUGAAGAGAUCUACCCCACGCUGGAGGAACAGACGACCUUGCGCCGCGUCCACGGCAAGGUUUCCUGGCUCAUCUACACUAUCGGGUUCGUGGAGAUGUGUGAGCGGUUCGCGUACUACGGGACCACCGCAGUCUUCGUCAACUUCAUCGCGUAUCCCCUUCCCCCGAACUCGACGACUGGUGCUGGCGGUACUCAUGAACAAGCCGGCGCGCUCGGCCUGGGCCAGCGGGCAUCUACGGCGCUCACGCUCUUCAACUCUUUCUGGUCCUACGUUAUGCCGUUAGUCGGCGGCUACCUCGCCGAUACCUACUGGGGCCGCUACCUCACCAUCCAAUACGCAAUUGUUGUCGCAACGUUUGGCCACAUUCUGAUCAUCAUCGCCGCUAUUCCCUCGGUAAUUUCCAACCCAAGCGGUGCCCUCGGAGCCUUCAUCAUCGGGCUGGUCUUCUUCGGGACCGGCGUGGGGUGGUUCAAGGCCAACAUCAGCCCGUUGAUUGCAGAGCAGUACGAGCUCACCAAGCCCCGCCAAACCGUCAAGACCCUUCCCUCAGGAGAACGUGUCAUCGUCGAUCCUGUGAUGACCAUCUCCCGCGUCUACAUGCGCUACUAUUUCCUCAUCAACGUCGGCGCUCUCGUCGGCCAGGUGUCCAUGGUGUACGCGGAAAAGUACGUCGGCUUCUGGCUGUCGUAUCUCCUCCCCACAAUCAUGUUCUUCUGCUGCCCCGUCGUCAUGGUUCUUUGCCGUAAGCAAUACGCCAAGCGCCCACCCACUGGCUCAGUCCUCGGAAAGUCGAUUGCACUGGUAGGCUACGGCAUCAAGCAAGGCCACGGUGGCGUAUUCGCGAUGCGCAAGGACUCCUUCUGGGAACGCAUCAAGCCCAGCGCCGUGCCCAACCGCCCGUCCUGGAUGACCUUCGACGACGCCUGGGUCGACGAGGUCCGCCGCGGCGUCAUGGCCUGCGCCGUCUUCCUCUGGUUCCCCGUCUUCUGGCUCGCGUAUGGCCAGAUCUCCAACAACCUCAUCAACCAAGCGGCGACAAUGCGCCUCGACGGGCUGCCCAACGACAUCAUCACGAACCUCAACCCCUUCGCGCUGCUCAUCUUCAUCCCCAUCUGCGACAAGCUCAUCUACCCGGCCAUCGAGCGCGCGGGGCUGCGCUUCACGCCGAUCAAGAAGAUCACCCACUUCAUCUACGCGCGCGCGCCGUGCGGCCGCAGCGCCGGCGACGUGGAGUGCAUCCGCGAGCGCGGCCCGCCGGACAUGACGGUGUGGAUCCAGACGCCGUGCUACAUCCUGAUUGCGCUCAGCGAGAUCUUUGCGUCGAUCACGGGGCUGGAGUAUGCGUUCACGAAGGCGCCGCGGAAUAUGCGCGGGCUGGUGACGGGAGUGUUUUGGUUCGUGCACGCGUUUUCGAGCGCGAUUGCGCAGGCUUUUGUUGGGUUGGCUGCUGAUCCGCUGCUGGUUUGGUUGUAUACCACCAUUGCCAUCAUCAGCUGUUUGGGAGGGAUCGGGUUCUGGUUGACGUUCCGGAAGCUUGACAAGGAGGAGGAUGCCCUCAAUGCGCUGCCGGAGAGUACUUACAAGGGACGCGGGGAGUCUAGCGUGGAAGAGAAGUCGGUGUAG